AACCGCACUUGAAACCUUCGAUCGUCGGCUAGGGUUUUGCCUUGAGUUCGCCAUGUUCAACAUGCCGCGGCGCCCGGACAAGGCCACGGCCUACAAGCAGCUAAGGACUCACCUAGCCUUCAUGGGCGCCUGGGUCUCCGUCAUCCGCCUCGCCCCGUAUGUCCUCCACUUCCUGACCAAGGAGAAGGAGGAGCUCAAGCUCGAGCUUUGAUGGAUCUUCUCAUUUCCAGGUUUCAUGAUCUUCCCCACAAUCAGUAGAGUUAGCUUGUCGCCCUAGUCAGUCGUCUGAGAUUGUUGUUGGAUGUGGAAUGCCUCUCCAACUUUCAAAUUAUUUCAUUUUGGUAGCUCUCGUUCUGGGGAAAGGAGACAUGGAUGAGAACUACAAUCAUUGCAGAAGAAUUAUGUGUAAUCAACUACUGCACUAUCUUCAAUAUUGGGUGAUUUUUUUUCAUUAUGUGUUGCUCAAACAAUUAUCAUUCUGGUAGUUUGUAAUUGCUGAAGUUUUGGCAAUACAGAUAGAUCGGCCCAAACAAACUGGUGAAAUUUGGCUUUUUUGUUGCACCUAUUUUAUGCCCUUUUUAUAGUCAAUAUUCUCUACAUUAAUUUUCCUUAUUUUUCUAGAUUUCAGGUUCAAUUCAGUUUGUGUAUUUUCAGCAAGUAGAGGAGCUAGUGAUUACAGUUCACUUAUCCCAACCAUGUGCUAAAGUUUAUUCAAACGUUAAAUGUCUACUUGGAUGAGUAAUUUGACCGAGCUGUUUCAUAAACCAACGUUUUAAUUUCUAUGCGUUGGAUUCCAGUGUCACCUAAUUUAUCUUCUUGUCAUGCUUCGUAUUUUGAUGUCAAGUUAAUAACGCCAUUGAUUCCUUGUUA